CGGCACUAAACAAUAGUUGUGUCCUAUCUUUGGCAGAGAUAUUGUAAUGCUUGUGCUAUUGACAGCGGCAAGUGUCAACUACGAGUACGGUGCGCUUGCUGACGCUCGUUGCUGACAAUGGUGUAGAGUAUGUUGAGAGUAACAUUCGGAUGAUGUAGUGACUGGUGACUCAUGGCAGAGUAAGAUGCUGUCGGUCUGUGUUAUUUCAUAAAUGCAACAUAUUGUGUUGAAGUGGAAUUACACGAAAUACUGGCUGUAUUAUUUUCGUACAGUCGCUGAGUGAAAACACAUCUCAGUCAACGCCAAGAAGACUAACAAAUCUGCCUUGCGUUUUAAACCAGAUACGUAAAUUGCUGUGGCAUCAGAAAGAACGAGCUGACUUUUCAAAAAGGGUAAUUCAAGUUUUGGAAUAUGGAGUACUCAGUCAAUACCAGGCCACUCCUUCAACAGAGUGAAAGUGAGAGUGAUUUUGACGAUGGAGCAGCAACGAAAAAUCGUCCUGCUGAAGAUGAUGACCAUGUUGUCGUCACAGAUGAUGUCAAACCUCUGUUUAAAGUCAGGGAACCAUGUGACAGGUUUAACCUAGCUUAUGUUAUAUUUUACCUGUUGGGAAUGACUACUUUGCUUCCGUGGUGUUUCUUCAUUACAGCAGAUGAUUACUGGAUGUAUAAACUGAGGGAUGUUAAUCAGAGCUCUUUUGAGAUGUAUGACCUUGAUAUUGAUCAGAAGUCAGAUUUGCAAGCCAGUUUCACAGCUUACCUCAGUGUUGCAUCAACAGUCCCCAAUACACUCUUCCUUGUGUUGAACUCCUUACUUAGUCACAGGAUAUCAUUAAAAAUACGAAUGGUGGGAUCAGUUUCGAUUGUUGUCUUACUAUUCAUUGAGACCACAGUCCUGGUAAAAAUAGAUACAGACAAUUGGCAGGAGAUCUUUUUUAUAGUCACGCUGGCAACAGUUGUGGUUCUUAAUAUUGCAUCUGCUGUACUCCAAGGUGGCCUCUUUGGUAUAGUCGCAAAGUUUCCAUCUCGGUAUAUCACUGCUGUUGUCAGUGGUCAAGCUCUUGGAGGAAUAUUUGCUGCUCUUGCAGAAAUUGUGUCCCUAUGCAUUGGAGCCACACCAGUCAACAGUGCAUUUGUUUACUUUAUGAUUGCUGAUGGAACACUGAUUCUAUCAUUGAUCGCAUAUCUGGUGCUUUCACGUUCGGUAUUCUUCCAGUAUUUUACAAAAGAAAAAGAAGCAGUGAGUACACUACAAUAUGAACCUGCUACAAUUGAAGCAAUUGACAGGCAGCCUGUAAGAGAAAUUUCUUAUAAAACAAUUCUCAGUAAGAUGUGGGUGUACGGAUUCUCAGUGUGGAUGACUUUUUUCGUGACCCUUUCUUUAUACCCUUCUGUGACUGUCCUUAUAAAUUCGACAAAGAAAGGGAAUGGUUCUGCUUGGAAUGAUAUCUACUUUGUUCCUGUGGUUGCUUACUUGAUCUUCAGUUUGUGUGAUUACAUUGGUCGAAUCACUGCUGGAAUUUUGAAAUGGCCCCGUGGCAGUGCGUGGCUGAUAGGGCUUAUCAGCAUCUUACGAGUUGUAUUCAUUCCACUAUUUCUGAUGUGCAACGCCCAUCCGAGACACCAUGGCGUGCCUUUGCUUAUAAAUUCAGAUGUGUAUUACAUCAUACUCAUGGUGAUUUUUGGUCUUUCAAAUGGAUAUUUGGCAAAUAUCACCUUGAUAUGUGUUCCAAGAGUUGUGGAUGCUGCUGAACAGGAGACUGCAUCAUCUAUGAUGGCUGCAUUCCUUGGACUAGGGCUGGCAUGUGGUUCAGCUCUUAGCUUGUUGUUGAUUAAAGUGUUGUGAAUUUUUAGCCUGAAUUUGUUUUAAUUUUUUUUGUCAGCAUUUUUUGUGCUGUUUCUUUUACAUUGGUUCAGUACAUGUUCACAUUAACUGCCAUGCAUUUAGUAACUCGUUACUUAAGUGCCAUUUUUGUUUUAAAAAUGGUUGUUAUACUUCCUUGUAGAUUUCUCUGCAAUGUGAGAAGUUAAUUAAGCUUUGUAAAAGCUGUAUUAUGUAAAACUUGUGGUCCAUGUUGUAAUAACUGCUUAAGUGGAACAGUUGUAUUGUAUGUUAUAAUUCUGACCUGAAAAGUCGUUUUGGAGUUGUGUGCCAAAUCUGACAUACUUGUUGUAUAACGGACCUUCAACCCCUUAUGCUUCCAGAACAUACUGACAAUUACUAAUCAGAAUUUCUACUGGAUUUGCAAUUUUAAGUGGUCCUUGUUUCCAUAUUGCUAGAACAGCAGCAAAUAACACAAUGUUUGAAAUAGCAAGUGUUUGAAAUGUUAGGUAGACCAGUAUUGACACAAAAAUGGGAUUGUAGAUGCGAACACAAAUACAUUAAUGUUAAGUCAGCUAGUGCUUUGAUAUGGUCUUUGUCUACAUGAUUACUCUGCGAUUCACAUUGAAAUGUUUGGUGGAAGGUUCUUGGAACAACUUUCAGAAUAACUAAGAUCAAUUUCUCAAUACAGCCUCUGGUUGAGGAGUGCUUCAGAGCUAUAACAGAAACCCUAAUCCUACACAUCAGUGUCUCAUUUAUUCUUGACUUUGUUUCACCCCCUCUCUUCAGCUUAUAGAAACCUCAAUGAUUGUAGUCUCCAGUACACUUUUAAUGCAUUCCUCCUUUAAAAGUCGCACUGUGAGGUAGAGCUGAGGCCCACUGAAUGGUCCUGCUUCAUAAAUAUGAUACAUGCAUAAAUUCAUAUACAGCCACCGUUUCCACGGAUUUGAAAUAAUCUUUUGUGCUGUCCACAAUUUUUUAGGUUUUCUCCCAGUUGUCUACAUAUAAGGAAAUAGAUGUAUCCCAUUUGACAUUUGGUCUUACUCAACUGCUCACUCCUUUCCCAAUCUUUUGAUCCUUCCCCAACUAAACCUUCUUCAUCUCUGAAUAAGAAACAUAUAUGGGAGAAGUCAUAAAGGUUUUAAAAAUCAUCUCAAAAAUAGAUGAAGAUGAGAGAAAACAUUUUUGAAAAAUGGAGUUUGUUUUAGCCAGUCUUAUGUGAAAUUGUUAACUAAUUCUGCCUUAAAGUUCAAGGCCAUGUUCAAUAUUACACCAGGGACAGCCUUCAGUUAAUCCAAUGGGACAUUUUCCACGAGUGCCACACAGUGUUUUCAAACAAUGGAAACUCUAAGUUGGAAUAUCAACAUUAUAAGGAAAAGGAUAGAUUACUGUUCACUGUAUAGAUGGCACACAUGACUGCUGUCUCCAGCAUCUUGGACUGGGAUGCAGUCUUCUCAUUCUACCUGUCAGCAACUCAGUGUGCCAUCAUAAUGGUAGGUAGGAAUCAAUCCGCUUCCUUACCUUGUUGACAUUGAGUGUUUUGUAGGCAGAGUGACUUUCUUUAUCUUUCCUUUAGUGUACAUAUUUAUAGUAUUCACAAUUUCACUAAUAAGACCGUCAGUAAAGAAGAGUUGGAAAUGUUCUAGUCUGCAUUUUGGUCAAACACCAUGGAGAAUGGUGAAACCUUGAUGUGUGACAGAAGAAACGAACUUCAUUAGAUCACCCUUGCCAUCGUGAUAUCUUCCAGGUACUUGAUACAGGUUGUGCAUCUUCAUCAUUUUCACUCCAUCAGUAGAGCCUGAUUCACUCGAACUUAUAUCACUGACCACAAUGCAAUGUUACUUCCAAUCACUUUCAUCACUUAAUUCUCCUUCAUGCUUGGUGUCUUUGAGGAACCAUUCUGGCAAUAUCAUCAUCACAUGUUUUCUACCAGCUAUUAUCUACUACAAAUGUUAGAAUGUAACACACUUUGAGUUACACGUCUUUAUUCCAAGUGCUGCUUUUCACCUAGAACACUCCAACACUGGAGCAGAUGGAAAACACAGUAAUGGAAAUCUGUUAUACACCAUCCAACAUCUGAGCCAUAGCAGAAAAUCAUAAUGAUAGACGUAGUGUGAUAGUAGAUCUGAAAGGGUUAGAGCAUUUAACAAAGUAUGUUAGUCUGGUUCUCUUUGAUGUUCUUCAUAUUUGUAAGAUUUGAAGCUGAAGGAUCAGAUAUCAGUUCCCCAAAGCAGUAGGAUUCAAUUCAAAAAAUCAGUUUGAAGGUUAGAUUUCCAAUUGCUGUCACGUCUAAAACAUUUCAAGUGUACUAACAGUGUGAUCAGUAACUGACUGUAGAGUAGAUGUCUAGUAAAACUAAAGUCACUGGUUUGAAUCUCAUUAGCAGCAACUUUAUAUUAUUUAUUUUAUAAUUUGGUAUAUAACAUCAAAUAGAAAAGUAAAUCAUUUAUUUCUAGAGUGUUCAGUAUUAUAAGUGUACAUAACUCAUGUAUUGAAGAAUUAUGAUUCAGUAUUUUUUAAUAUCUCACAUUCAUUUUUAAAUGUGAGAUUUAAAUAAAAGGCAAAAAAGCUGCUGUAGGUGAGAUUCCUAUCAGUGACUUUAUUGUUAAUACUUGGUUGUGCUCGAAAAUUUUAAAGUUCAGUUUGAGCUGCUUUUUUUAAAAAAAGAAUAAAUGCAUCUUACUGCUCUGAGAAACUGAAGUCUUUGCACUGACAUUCAAAUCAUGAAAGUAUGGAGAAAAUCGGAGGAGGCCAUUCUGUAUGGUCUCCUUGUAAGUUGGAGAUGUUGCUGUAAAAGAAGAGGAAAAUUUUCUAUUCAGUAAUAUUUUAAUCAAGUAGUUCAAUGUCGAUGAUAUGCUCCCUUCCCCCACCCACCCAUCCCAGGCUGAUAAUUCAUUUUUUCCUGUUCCUUAAGUCCUGUAGAGACUGAAUAUUUCCAAAAGCCUUCAGUUGUUUUAGGGAACCUUACUAUGUCUUCAUUCAGUACCAAACAAUCCAACCCUGAAUUUACAUGAAAAGCCCUUGGGUUUCAAUUGGCUUACAAUGUUGAAAUACCAUGCCAUUGUGAUGAGUGUUGGAAAAUAAUAGAUGUGACACUCAAAAUUUUAAAAUGCUUAAACGCUUCCACCCAGCUGGAAAUUAGAUUUUUAUCCAGCAGUUUACACUGGGAAAAUCUACAUUUAACAUUAACUCUGGCAGCUUACUUUGGGUGGUGUUUUCAAUUAACAGUGUAUAGAUUUCCUGUACUAUAUCACCGUGUGUUAAUCUUUGUUUAUAAUUUUUAUUUUGUGAUAUAAAAUUUUUAUAAUUAUAUGAUCCAGCUCAAAAUCAUUACUGAUUAUAGUAGUUUUUGAAUGUGUUUUAUUUUUAUUGCAAAGAAAGUGUAAACUAAUAUUGUAAUGUCAAAAAUUAUUUUAGUCUUGUCAGAAGUCUAUUAUUUAAUUUCUUCUUUUAAAAUAUUAAUUUUCAUGUUCAUUUAGCCAGUGAUUUGAAAUUGAGAUAUAUCUAUAUAUAGUUUCAAUACCACGUCUUGCAUUUUCUCAAUUUAAUACUGAGCUUAAAUGAAUUAGUCCCAGGUAGUUCUUAUCAUAGUACAAUUCUAACUUUACUUUUAUAUUAUAAAUGUAAUUUUAUUUUAAAUUUUUAUUACAUUGUCUAAAUAAUUUCUCACGUAAAACUGCUGGGCAGUGGGAGCAGUUUUAGAAUUUCCUGUGUUUUGCUCAAAUAUUUUGUUCAUAUUUUAAAUGCUACAUCACUGAAAACAUAGUCAGUAUUCAAUAAUUUUCUUUGGAUGUGGGUCCACAGAUGCUUAAACUUGUAUGAAAUAGUUCCAUAACGAUCUGCGUUUGUGAACUUCCAGAUAACAGUUUCAGGUGGUUGUGAAGCCAUUAAAAAGAUAGUCAGUAUUAAAUCUCUGGUUGUGUGAUAUCAAUAUAUUGUUGCCAUACAGAUGUGUUAAAUGUGUAACUGCGUUUCUGCACUGAAAAUGCUGAAACUGCGUUUGGCUCCUGAGGAAGGCAUAAUACUCUAUUUCUUACUGUUUCUUUUCACUCUUAUCACAGAUGUCAAUUAAGUUAAACUUUUGGAGAAAUACUAACACAUGAAUUUAUGUCUCACAGUUUAUUGGGUAAUAAAAAUGUGAGACAAAAUACAGAUUGGAAAGAAAUAUUGUAUAGUAAAUAUCACACCCAAAAUCUGAUAUGAGUGGAUAUAAUACAUGUAGUUACACUUAGGUAGAACCUAAUUAUGGCCCCGUUUUACAGUUAUCACUUCCAAUGCAGAAACAAUAAUUGUAAUUAAUUAAUUGGUUCUGUGCCAGGCACAUGAAUAAAUAUAAAUUGUCUUCACAUUUGUAUCAGUUUUCAACAUAACUCUAUUCUGUCUUCCAUUUAUGCUGUAUCAUAAUGUAGCAUACUGUCUGUAAUAUGUUGCUAUAAGCCACUGCAGUGUCAUUAAAGUACCUGAAGAAUAAAAGUGAAUGUUAAUGCACCAA